GGCCCACAACGACCCAGACACUCUCGCCGUCGCCGCCUCCUCGCCUCCGCUUACUCCCUCCCGCGCCGCCGCCCGCCGCCCUCCGCCCCCCGCCCCCCGCCCCGUUGCCUUCCUCGCGGUUGUGGCUUGGCGGCUACAUGGGGAAGAAGCGCGGCGGCCAUGGCCAUGCCCCGGCGGCGCCGCCCAGGGCCGGGAACCAGGCGGUGUCGCUCCGCGAGGAGAGCUCCGGGAAGACGCGCGCUGACGCGGCCUCCCUGCUGAGGGUCCAGCACCUGCAGCGGCUGGCGGCGUGGGCAGGCGGGGAGGCCGGGGCGGGCCCCCUCGGCGCCCUGCUGGGGCGACGCCUCGCCGCCAACGCCGAGGCGGCCGGGAUACCUCUGGCCGCCUCCACCUUCCUAUGCCAGAGGUGUGAAACAGUCUUACAGCCAGGCUUCAACUGCACAAUCCGCAUAAAGAACAACAAAAGAAAAGCAAAGCGACGCAAGAAGUUAAACACUUGCCAGAACAGCAUUUCUUACCUGUGCCAUUUCUGUGGAGACCAAAACCUAAUAAGGGGCAGCGGAAAGAAUAUUAUGAAGGGCUUGUUAUCAUCAAGAAAGCCAGUUGGCAUGGAUGUAACCAGCAUAAAGUUGAAAGGGGACAGUAAUAACAAGAGAUUAGUAACUAUAAAAGAGGGCUUUGAAUAUUCUCAGGCAGCGGUCUCACAACUAGAGUCAACAUCUGGGUUGAAACAACAAAAUCUUGAAAAGAAUGAGUAUGAGGAAAGUCCAGUACCCAAUCUUCUUGACGAAUCUAUGGAAAAGGAGGUAGCGUGUUCAUCGGUGGAACUGAAUCAGUCAGCAUCAGCUACUGAUCAGGAGAAUGUCUCACAGAAAAUAGUGGUAACAAUCACAAGUGAAAAAGGUAUGCAUGAAACUGAGCCUGUUUCUGCUAACAAAAUUGCAAUAUGCCAACCCGAUUUUCCUUCAAAAGCAGAAUUUCCAGUCGGAUCAAGUUUUGUUACUCCUCGAAAGAACAAACUGGUGGAUGUGACGGACCAUAAGGAUUCUGCAGAACUGGUCAAGACAAGAAGCAUUCAGAACAAGAAAGGGGAGAUGCCAAGUUCAGUUACUGGCAAGGCCCCUACAAUGCCUACCAAGUCAGCUCCAAAGGACCGUGUGAAAAAUAAAUCUGUAGCAAGUGGUUCUGCUCAGAUGUCUGGUAGUUCAAGGAAGCGGGCAAGAAAGGGGUGGACUACGCUGAAACAGAUUGCUGAAAAGGAAGAGCUUGAGAGAAAAGAGAAGAUGGGUAACUUUGUAAUACCAUUCUUUAUGCAAUAAGAGAUGUUACAACUCACGCUGAUUGUGUAUCGAGCCAGCAGCCGUGCGGGGUGGCGUGGUGCGGCGUAGGGGAAACAAAAGUGUGGAGGUUGCUACAAAUCGGACGUCCGAUCUUUUGCAAUAGAUCGGACGGUGUUGCACUAUAUUAUCACAAAGUGUUUCACAUGUUGCACCACUCACGAAAAAAAUGUUUCAACGAAAAUGUUUCAUCGAUC